AUGGAGAGUCAAAAUAUUGAAAACACCAGUGCGAAUGACAAAACCUCGGCUGACUCAACGCCGGCGUUGAAUUUGCUGUGUCCUAUAUGCAACGAGUUCUACCGCGCAAGUGACCAAGUUUGUGGCAUCAGCACGUGCGGGCAUGUCUUUCACAAACACUGCCUGAGCCGCUGGCUAAAAAGAUCCCUUACCUGCCCGCAGUGCCGCGCCUGCUGCCACAAACAACUUGUCUUCAGAAUUCACCUAAACUUUACCCCAGCCACGGAGAACAAGGAGGAUGAAAAGCCUUCCGAAACAAAGUUCUAUAAAAUGGAUGAACAUUUCAAGUGGAUGCCCCUGAACCUGGAGGAUUCGUAUCUGCCCCCGGAGGGAGCUCUCCAGAGCGGAGUCAACCAGAAUGGGAAUGCGGCAUAUGUGGCACGAGCCUAUUUCAACAACGAUCGCCUCCCAGCUCAUUAUGUGCCCAAGGAGAAGGUGGCCUACGGAGCGUGGAACGGCAACGUCUACACUUUUACCGAUGGUGUGGAGUUGCUGGUGCUCAAGGACUGUGACUACGAGUGGGUGGAUGGUCAAAAUGGUUCCUAUCCGGAGGACGCACUGCCCACGGGCUACUCGCAUUGGGGCGAGAUCACCUAUACGGGACGCGCUGAGUUGAAGGGCGUCAUGCGGCUGGGCAAGGUUCAUCCCUCCUACAAGGUAAUAUUCAUACCACACCGUGGUAGGGAAAUCGGCAUCAGGUCCUACGAGGUCCUGGUACUCACGCCGCGCAAGCAGUCAGAUCAAUGA